CUAUAGACUUGGACGAGUGCACGUUCUCCUCUCUGUAUAAAUAUCCACUUUCUCUUCUGUUUAUACAAAGCUUUCUCAAAGCAGCUGAGUUGGAUAUCUUCUAGACCCGUAAAACACAAGCGAAGAGCAAAUGGGGCGUCCACAAAGAGAAAAUCCUCAACCAGAAUAUGAUCCGACACAACCCCAGGAGAGAUCUCCGGAAGCCUACGAGGCUAACCCCCAUGAGGCCAACCAGCCCCAAUCACCUUACCCACCGGAAAAUGACCCUACCACCCAACAACAGUUCCAGUUCCAGACACCACCGCCACCACAACCGGCACAAUACGCACCACAAGAACCACAAUAUCAACCAACACAAUACCCACCUCCGAACCAGCAAACAAAUCCAGUGUACCCACCACCGCAACCGGCGCCAUAUCCACCGCAGAACUCGACAUACCCUAGUAAGCCCGCACCAUACCCGCCUCAAAACCCGACUUACCCACCUCAACCAGCACGAUAUCCUCCUCCAGUCAAUCCACAACAAUUUCCCCCUCAACCGGUGCAAUUCCCUCCGCCAGCACUCCAGACCUACCCCCAACAGCCACAAUCUCCUCUCAAGCCUCAGCCAAAUGCUGCAGCGGGGAUCCCUGUGCAAUAUCCGGCGGUUGGCACUGAGCCUUGGUCAACCGGUCUAUUCGACUGCAUGGAAGAUCCCACCAACGCUGUCACCACGGCUUUCUUUCCCUGCCUGACGUUCGGGCAAGUCGCAGAGAUCGUCGACAAUGGCUACACUAAUUGUGGGACUAGCGGGCUACUUUACGGUGCAAUUGCCUUACUCAUUUGGAUUCCGUGUAUCUACUCUUGCACUUACCGUACCAAGCUGAGGAACAAAUUUGGGCUUAUGGAGGCACCCGCCCCGGAUUGGGUCACUCACUUCCUUUGUGAAUGGUGCGCUCUUUGCCAGGAAUACAGGGAACUUCAACACAGAGGCUUCGACCCUUCAAUAGGAUGGCUUGGAAACGUAGCGAGACAACAGCAGCAGCAGGCACAAGUUGCCAUGGUGCCACCGACUACCCAAACUAUGAUGGGUUGAUGAAAAGUUUGAUUUACUUAGACGGAUAUGAUCUUUUCUGGCCUCUAUUUCUAUUUUUCUUUCUUUUUAUCGGCGCUUUCUUUUAUCUCGUCUGUAAGUAGAAUUGUCUUUGAUAAGUUCUGUAAGUGGAAUGAUUGGUCAAAAUAUUAUUACAAGUACUGGUUAUUAUGUAUUAA